AUGAAUAGAGCCACUAAGACCCACAUGACCUCCCCCAUGUUCUUCCACAUGGGUAUGGCCCCCUUCUUUAAGGUGACCGUGUUCGAGCAGGAGCACUUCCAGGGCCGCUGCCAGGAGUUCACCUCCGAGUGCUGCAACAUCCAGGACUGUGGACUGGACAACAUCCGCUCCAUCAGGGUGGAGAGUGGAGCCUGGGUGGGCUACGAGCACCACGACUUCCAGGGCCAGCAGUUCAUCCUGGAGAGGGGAGAGUACCCCCACUGGGACGCCUACAGCGGCUCCCUGUCCUACCACGUGGAGCGCCUCAUGUCCCUGCGCCCCAUCUACUGCGCUUCCCACCAGAGCAGCCGUAUGACCAUCUACGAGAUGGAGAACUUCCUGGGCCGCAGCGUGGAGAUGUGUGAUGACUACCCCUCCCUGCAGGCCAUGGGCUGGAUGAAGCCCGAGGUGGGAUCCAUGCACGUCCAGUGCGGAGCCUUCGUGUGCUACCAGUUCCCCGGCUACAGGGGCCAGCAGUACAUCAUGGAGUGCGAGAGGCACAGCGGCGACUUCCAGCACUGGAAGAACUGGGGCUCCCACUUUGACUGGUGGCUUCAGAGGAACACUCUGAAACGCUGA